CCCCCCCCCUUGUAAACACCUAAAUCCCCCAUUUUUCUGCAAACUCCAAACCCCCCCCGCUUCACCCAAUUUUUGGUAAUUCUACACAUACAAGACGCACAUUUCUACAUUCUUACUGUUUGUGCAAAAUGGAUGAUGGAGAAGGGGGUUUAAGCUUUGAUUUUGAGGGUGGGCUGGACACGGGCCCCGCACAUCCCACUGCAUCCGUACCGGUAAUCCAAUCGUCAGCAGACGCGAAAACAGCAUCUGCCGCCUCCGGUAAUCCUAAUAACCCUUCCGCUGGACUCGUACCGGCAGCGCAGACGGCGGAAGGGAUGGGUGGAGGUGCCAGGCGGAGCUUCCGGCAGACGGUCUGCCGGCACUGGUUGCGAUCUCUGUGCAUGAAAGGGGAUGCCUGUGGGUUCCUUCAUCAGUACGACAAGUCUAGGAUGCCUGUUUGCCGAUUUUUUCGCCUAUACGGCGAGUGCCGCGAGCAGGACUGCGUCUACAAACAUACGAAUGAGGAUAUUAAAGAAUGCAAUAUGUAUAAAUUGGGAUUUUGUCCAAAUGGUCCUGAUUGUAGGUAUAGGCACGCGAAGCUGCCUGGACCUCCACCUCCUGUGGAAGAAGUCCUUCAGAAGAUUCAGCAAUUGACUUCAUACAACCAUGGAAACACUAACAAAUUUUUUCAAAACCGUAAUACUACUUACACCCAGCAGACAGAAAAAACCCAGCUUCCACAAGGGCCCAAUGGUGUAAAUCAAGCAGGAAAAACCAACCCAAUAGAGAGCAGUAACAUUAAUCAACAAGCACAAGUACAGCAGUCUCAGCAGCAGGGCAGCCAGGGUCAAAUACAGAAUACUCCUGGUGGCCAGCAAAAUCAAGCUAGUAGGACUGCUACACCCCUGCCCCAAGGAACAUCUAGGUACUUUGUGGUGAAAAGUUGCAACCGCGAGAAUCUGGAACUGUCCGUACAACAAGGAGUUUGGGCAACUCAGAGAAGCAACGAAGCUAAACUUAAUGAAGCUUUUGAAUCUGUUGAGAAUGUCAUUUUGAUCUUUUCAGUUAACAAGACUAGACAUUUUCAGGGUUGUGCAAAGAUGACAUCCAAAAUUGGUGGCUCUGUUGGUGGAGGGAACUGGAAACAUGCUCAUGGAACUGCGCAUUAUGGACGGAAUUUUGCUGUAAAAUGGUUAAAGCUCUGUGAAUUGUCCUUCGACAAAACUCGGCACUUGAAGAACCCAUACAAUGAGAACUUACCAGUGAAGAUAAGUAGAGACUGUCAAGAACUGGAGCCUUCUGUAGGGGAGCAGUUGGCAUCAUUGCUCUACCUCGAGCCAGACAGUGAUCUUAUGGCUGUCUCACUUGCAGCGGAAUUGAAACGAGAAGAGGAGAAGGCAAAGGGAGUAAACCUUGAUAAUGGAACUGAAAACCCGGAUAUUGUACCCUUUGAAGAUAACGAAGAAGAGGAAGAAGAAGAAAGUGAAGAAGAGGAUGAAAGUCCUGGACAGGUUUUCGGAGCUCAAGGUAGGGGAAGGGGUAGAGGAAUGAUGUGGCUUCCCCACAUGCCGCUAGCACGUGGUUCUCGGCCCUUUUCUGGUAUACGAGGUUUUCCCCCUAACAUGAUGAGUGGUGAUGGAUUUUCCUAUGGACCUGUAAACCCAGAUGGUUUUCCGAUGCCUGAUCCUUUUGGCAUGGCUCCACGUGGCUUUGGACCAUAUGGUCCUAGAUUUUCUGGUGAUUUUGCAGGUCCUGCCCCUGGCAUGAUGUUCCCUGGCCGGCCUUCUGGUGGAUUUGGGAUGAUGAUGGGUCCAGGAAGGGCUCCGUUCAUGGGUGGAAUGGGUGUCGGUGCUGCAGCUGCAGCAAGGGCUGGUCGAACAGUUGGUAUGGCUCCUUUCUAUCCACCACCACCACCAUCGCAACAGUCUCAAAAUUCUAAUCGAGCAAAGAGAGAUCUGAAAGCACCAUUUAAUGAUAAGAAUGAUGGUCCAGAUCAAGGUAAGGGACAAGAGAUCUCAGGGUCCUCUGGUGGACAUGGCGAUGAAGGGCGGAAUCUGCCGAGACUCAAAGCUCAACAAGAGGAUCACUAUAGUGCAGGAAACAGCUACAGGAAUGAUGAAAGUGAAAGUGAGGAUGAGGCUCCAAGAAGGUCUAGACAUGGUGAAGGAAAGAAAAAGCGGCGUAACUUGGAGGCUGAUUCUACUGAACUCAUGUAGUGAUAGAUUGACGGUUGAAGCGCGUUGUUGUUUGUACACCCUCGUAGUUCCGGACACAUAUUGUAACACUCUCAAGAAUUCCGGACACCUAUAUUAUAGGGUGCAUCCAGAAAGAGUCACUGGAUCAAGAAACUAAGCUCCUCAGAGCUGCUAAAGAAAUGAGUGGGAUUUCUUUUUUAAUAGCUUACGAUAUGAAGCGCUUUGUUUUUGUACACCCUCAGAGUUCUGGACACAUAUUGUAAGACUCUCAAGAGUUGCGGACACGUAUAUAGGGUACAUCCGGAAAGAGUCUCUGGAUCAAGAAACUAAUUGGAUUUAGCAAUAUUUCAUCUCUUGCUCCUUAGAGCUACUAAAGAAAUGAGUAGGAUUUCGUU